GUUCACACUUCGAACACCAUCUCCUUCGUUAAGAGUCUCUCUUUAUCGGAAGCUUAAACCUUGCCAGUCCGAAGAUGAACACGUGGCCUGCAACGGUUUCCUCAAGAUUGCUUCUCUUCAGCCCUGCUAUUUUCAUGCUAAUUGCUGUAGUCGUCGGGCUGCCAGUCUUUGAUCUAAACUCUUUCUGUUCAUCCGGGGAGAGGGACUGCACUGCUAACCGUACCUCCGACGCAUGCUUCCAAUAUCGCCUCUGCUGCUCCUCCAUACCCUACCCAUUUAAUUUUAGCUUGUCUCGCGUCCAUUUUGGAGUCGACGGCGCCAAAACUUAUGAUUCGGUCACGCGAAACACGCAUAUUUCUCUACAAAAUCGUGGAACUAUGAUAAAAAAGCUCAGAAAAAAAUAGGAUAUUAUGGAGGAGCCUGACUCGUGCUGCAGCAGCACCUGGGAAGGAGAGCAACACAUCUGGAUAUGUCGUCCUUACCGUUAGUGUUCUUCUAACUGUUACUUCUGUGGUACUACUCAUAGUCUCCACGGGCAUCUAUAUAAGAGCGAAGAUGCCUGGGAAGAACGUCGGAGUCGUUACGGGGACAAUGCCUGGUGAGGGGAAUGGGGAACUAUUGACAAUGCGUAGCCCCCGUCAGUAUGGUUCCUAGCCAACCAAAGAAGAACAAGGACAGAGGUUCAUUUUUGUUUGCUUGUUUUGCAUGCCGUACAGAGUCUAUGACCAUUGGUAGCCAGCAGAAGGUUAGCCAAGCCACUGGAACGAGUCAAUAUAGUUCAAAGCUACAUGAGGCACUGGACAAGUUCGAUACAGGUUACAAUGACAGUCAGCCAGUGUCUCAUUUCUACUGUUUCGACUGCUACCUGGAGAAAUUCCUACGGUUCACCAUCCCUAGGGAAGGCGUCCCUUUGCUGGAGAAGCUCCGCAGCCAUUAUGGUGACUUCACAGCUGAGUGUAGGCUAGGAAACAUGGCUGGGAGCAUGCUGCUAAAGCUUCUAUCUGCUGUACUUCUGGAUAUUCGUCGCGUGCCCUUGAAGGACUUGGAUAUUACUCGUGUUUGCGAGUGGCGCGAUGCACUGAAGGAAGUUCUCGCAGCUGGCUUUGACGUGCGAUUUCUACUUGGUCAUAUUCGCCACAUGAUUGUGGAGUUUCACAACUCUCCAUCGGAGCAGUAGCUUGCGGAGUUGGAGGCCACAAUUAAGAAGAAAGAAGCUGAACUGUUGGAGCUAAGGUCCAGGAAGGACAGACUUACUGCGGCCUGUUCUUCUUCUGGAGUUGGAUCUUGUUUUGACCAUAUAUUUAUUUAGUGUUUCUGACAUAUUAUGUAAUAACUAGGUGAAACUUUAAUUUUCUGGUUUUUUUUUUUUUGGGACAGUUUGAUUAAGAAGUUUCGUGAGUAAGAAUUUAUAUUUGGUUAUUGGAUUUAUCUUAAGACGAAUGUUAUUUGUUUGGCAGUUAUGCAAAGGUAAAUAUUAGUUGAAAAUGUUGAAAAUAUAUUAUUUGAUUCAUGC